CCAAUAGUCGACGUGGCCUCUUCUUCCCCAAUCUAUAGUUUCCUUAUAGUUGUCAUUCUUCCCCAUCUCCCUUGCUCACUUUCUAAUGGCCUCCACCCUCUACCCCAACCUUGCUACCCCUACUAAUCUCACUUCUAUUCCAUCCCGCAAGCUCUCCUCCUUGUCAUGGCGAACCAUGUUCGAUUCGCUCAUUUCCCCUUCCAAUUCUUCCAUCACCACUACUAAAGGCAAACAUUGUUCGGUACCUAACGUGGUGUGCAAUGCUCAGAGUACUCCGGCGGCCGUGAAUUUAGCUCCGGGAACACCAGUGAGGCCGACUAGCAUACUUGUUGUGGGGGCGACGGGCACAUUGGGAAGGCAAGUAGUGAGGAGAGCAUUGGACGAGGGCUACGACGUCAGAUGUCUUGUCAGGCCUAGGCCUGCUCCUGCCGAUUUUCUUCGUGAUUGGGGAGCCACUGUUGUCAAUGCGGAUUUAAGCAAACCUGAAACAAUUCCAGCAACAUUGGUGGGAGUCCAUACAGUUAUUGAUUGUGCUACUGGACGCCCUGAGGAGCCUAUAAAAACUGUAGAUUGGGAAGGAAAAGUUGCUCUUAUACAAUGUGCAAAAGCCAUGGGCAUUCAAAAAUUUAUAUUUUUCUCGAUUCACAACUGCGACAAGCACCCUGAAGUUCCUCUGAUGGAGAUCAAACACUGUACAGAGAUGUUUCUCCGGGAUUCAGGCCUUAACCACGUUGUAAUUCGGUUAUGUGGCUUCAUGCAGGGCCUUAUUGGUCAAUAUGCAGUGCCUAUAUUGGAAGAGAAAUCUGUAUGGGGAACUGAUGCUCCCACUCGAAUAGCAUACAUGGAUACCCAAGAUAUUGCUCGCUUGACAUUCAUAGCUUUACGUAAUGAGAAUAUUAAUGGGAAGCUUCUCACUUUUGCUGGGCCUCGAGCAUGGACAACCCAAGAGGUGAUAACAUUGUGCGAGAGACUUGCUGGUCAAGAUGCCAACGUGACUACAGUGCCUGUCUCAGUUUUGCGAUUUACACGUCAGCUGACUCAGUUGUUUGAGUGGACGAAUGAUGUUGCUGAUAGAUUGGCAUUUUCAGAGGUUUUGACAAGCGAUACUGUCUUCUCAGUUCCUAUGGCAGAGACAUAUAACCUUCUCGGUGUGGAUGCAAAAGACGUCAGUUCACUGGAGAAAUAUUUGCAGGAUUAUUUCACCAAUAUACUCAAGAAGUUGAAAGACCUUAAGGCUCAAUCGAAGCAAACUGAUAUUUUCUUUUGAAAGGAAUACUUGUUUAUGUUGUUGUACGAGUAAUAUACCCUGUGACAGAGAUACAUCUCCCUUUGAAACUUCCAAUCUUCCUUUCUUUUUCUCCCCUAGUUUGUUCCUCAUGUAUUGUAAAGAAGAUAAAGAAAGAAUAUGACUGACUUUGAUUCAAAUGAAAUUUUGAAGCUAUUUUUCUGA